AUGAUAGCUUUCAUAAACAUCGCCUUUCUAGUUGCUCUGUUCCUGCUCAACUCAGAUCGCACUCAGAAAGCCAUUGAGAUAUGCAGCGAAUGUUUGAUUUUGCUAAAUGGCACCGAUCAAAACAGCAAAGACCUAUUUAAUUCACUACUGCUGCAAUUUUACAGCGCCUUCAAUUUACUUCUUUUCAGCGCUUAUUGUCUUAUCUCUGACCAUAAAAGUGCGGAAAGAUACGGCAGGAAACUGCUUGUCUUAUACAGCGAGUCUGGUGACUUAGUAAAAGAAGGAAAUGUAAGCUUAGCUCUAGCAGAAAUAGUUGAGGGUCAAAACAGGUUUACAAAUGCCAAACAACUUUACAAAAAAGCACUUAAUAUUAAGAGACAAACUGGUGAACAAAUUGGCGAAGCAAGAGCCUUCGCAAGAUUCGGAAUUGUGCUUUAUAAACUUGGCGAGAACCUAAAAGCGAAGGAGUAUCAUCUCCAAAAAGCGCUUGUUAUCAAAUCCGAAACUGGCGACAGAGAAGGACAGGCAACUGACUACGGAAACCUAGGUGCUGUGUUUCAGUCUCUCGGGGAAUACGACAAGGCUAUAGAGCAUCUCCAAAAAGCGCUUGUCAUCAGAACUGAAAUUGGCGACAGGGAAGGAGAGGCAACUGACUAUGGAAACCUAGGAACCGUGUUUCUCUCUCUCGAGCAGUACGACCAGGCGACAGAGUAUCUCCAAAAAGCGCUUGUAAUCAAAUCUGAAAUUGGCGACAAAAAGGGAGAAGCAUUAUGUUAUGAAAACCUAGGAUCUGUGUUUCAGUCGCUCGGGCAGUACGACAAGGCUAAAGAAUGUAUUCAAAAAGAGCUUGCCAUCAGAACUGAAAUUGGCGACAGAAAAGGAGAGGCAAAUGAAUACAGAAACCUAGGAACUGUGUUUCACUCUCUCGGGCAACGCGAAAAGGCUAUGGAGUAUCUCCAAAAAGCGAUUGUCAUCACAACUGAAAUUGGCGACAGAAAAGGAGAAGCAUCAUGCUAUGGAAGCCUAGGUACUGUGUUUAAGUCGCUCGGGCAGUACGACAAGGCUAAAGAGUAUCUCCAAAAAGCGCUUGUCAUCUCAACUGAAAUUGGCGACAGAAAAGGAGAGUCAACUAACUAUGGAGACCUAGGUACUGUGUUUAAGUCGCUCCUGCAGUACGACAAGGCUAAAGAGUAUCUCCAAAAAGCGCUUGUCAUCUCAACUGAACUUGGCGACAGAAAAGGAGAAGCAUCAUGUUAUGGAAGCCUAGGUUCUCUGUUUAAGUCGCUCGGGCAGUACGACAAGGCUAAAGAGUAUCUCCAAAAAGCGCUUGUCAUCACAACUAAAAUUGGUGACAGAAGAGGAGAAGCAAUAUAUUAUGGAAACUUAGGUACUGUAUUUCACUCUCUUGGGCAAGGCAACAAGGCUAAAGAACAUCUCCAGAGAGCACUUUUCAUCACAACUGAAAUUGGAGACAGAAAAGGAGAGGCAGCUCACUACGGUAGCUUAGGUAACGUGUUUGGGUCUCUCGGGCAAUACGACAAGGCUAUAGAGCAUCUCCAAAACGCGCUUGUCAUCACAGCUAAAAUUGGUGACAAAAAAGGAGAAGCAUCAUGCUAUGGAAGCCUAGGUACUGUGUUUAAGUCGCUCGGGCAGUACGACAAGGCUAAAGAGUAUCUCCAAAAAGCGCUUGUCAUCUCAACUGAAAUUGGCGACAGAAAAGGAGAGGCAACUAACUAUGGAGACCUAGGUACUGUGUUUCAGUUGCUCGGGCAAUACAAAAACGCUAAAAAGCAUUUCCAAAGAGCGCUUACUAUCAGUACUGAAAUUGGUGAUAAGCAAUGGGAAGCAGCAGAUCUUGCAAACCUUGGAUUUGUGUCUAGAACUGUUGGAGAUUAUGAAGCUUCAGAAGUAUGCUUGGUGAAAGCCUUAUCCAUAUCCAGAAAUAUUGGAGACAGACGAAGCGAGUUCCAAAUCCUUCGAGAAUGCGCCAUUUUGUAUUUACUUCAAAAUAAAAUCAGAGACUCCCUUUCGUGUCUUCAACUGUGCAUUGAAAAAUAUGAGGAGCUAAGACAUUUGUUGGGCGCCAAUGAUGAGUUCAAAACAUCAUUUCUGGAGGCUUCAGGAAUAUUUCCCUACAAGCUGCUUUGUAGUUUGCUUUGUGUCACCAGAAAAAUUCGUGAUGCUCUUUAUGUUGAGGAGUUGGGUCGAGCUAGAGGCCUCUCAGACUUGAUGGCAGAAAAGUACUCGGUUCAAACGCACAUUUCUGCUGAUCCACAAUCUUGGUUUGACAUUGAGAACAUUUUUAGAAAGGAAAAUAACUGCACUUGUCUGUACAUUUCUUAUUUUCACGAUCAUCUGCGUUUGUGGAUUUUGAAAACAAAUGGAGGCCUUCACUUUAAAAGGAUAUCACUAGAAGAGACUCUAGCUAAGGCUGGGUUGCCCAAAGAUUUGCCUUUGAGUCAAUUUUUGGCUGAUAAUUUGCGCAGUCUUGGUAUUUUGCCCAUUGCAGAUUGUGAAGAUCGGUCUUUAGAUAUGGUUGAAUUGCAACCUCUCUUCCCCAAACAAAAGAACUCGGCAAGAUUGCGACUCGUAGAGGAGGACGAGAACGACGGAGUCACUUCAAGUUUAUCUUUGUGUUACAAAAUCUUUAUUGCCCCCGUUUAUGAUUUUCUUGAGGAGCCUGAAGUCAUUAUUGUUCCUGACCGCAGUUUAUACAAAGUUCCCUUUGCUGCCCUGAGUGAAAAAGAGGGAGCCGAAUACAUGUUGGAGACCCAUAGGAUCCGUGUCAUUCCUUCUUUGACAACACUCAAGAUCAUUCAAGAUAGUCCAGAGGACUAUCACAGCAACACUGGAGCCUUGAUAAUAGGCAAUCCCAAGGUUGAUUGGCUGCUGCCAUUGCCAGGUGCAAGAAAGGAAGCGGAGAUGGUUGGACGACUGGUGGGUGUUCCGCCUCUGGUAGAGGAGAAAGCAACGAAGCAGGCGGUGCUUGAGCGGAUAGGUUCAGUGAGCCUGAUACAUUUUGCUGCCCAUGGUAACGCCGAAAGGGGAGAAAUUGCCCUCUCCCCCAUUCCUAUUUCCAACAGUCAAAAUGCUAUCCCACCACAGGAAGCUUACAUGUUGACGAUGGCUGAUGUCUCACGAGUGAAAGUCAGAGCUAAACUGGUGGUACUUAGCUGCUGUCACAGUGGAAGUGGACGGAAAAGAGCCGAGGGAGUUAUAGGAAUUGCCCGUGCGUUCUUAGAAUCUGGUGCUCGCUCGGUGUUAGUUGCGCUGUGGGCCAUACCAGACUUAGCAACGGAGCAGCUGAUGAAUCGGUUCUACAAACACCUUGUUGAAGGAGAAAGUGCCAGUGAAUCCCUUCAUCAGGCCAUGAGGUGGAUGAGAAAAAACGGCUUUACCAAAGUGUCUGAGUGGGCUUCGUUUACGCUGAUUGGAGAUGAUGUGAGGCUCGAGUUUGAGAAGCAGAGGAAAGAGGAUGAGAAUAUCUCGAAUGAAAAAGACCUUAGAGACUUGUAGCUGGAUAAACAAAUAGAAUAAGUAGAGAAAAUACUCUAUCCGUUAUUUUAUUGUGUAAUUUAAGAAUAGGC